AUGAUAAUUGCUAAUGAAACAUAAUUACUUUCAAGCCAAAGCUAGUAGAACAUUGAAUUUUAGGUUUAAAAUACUGUAAAUAAUUAAAUUCAUGUAUAUAUCUAAUAUAAUCAAUUUAGAUAUAUAGAUAAUUAAGAGCUAAUGAUUCAUAAAUAUAAAAUAAUAGUUUUCAUUAUGAUGAUCUUGAUCCAUAAAUUAGAAGAAAAUGUCUUAAUUUACGUAAUAAAAUACAUUUUGAAAAUUAAAAAGAUGAACUAGAAUUUGAAGAUAUUAUAAAAUAAUGGAAUUAAAGUCUUUAAUAAAAUACUAGAUUAAAUUAAAUGGUUACCGAAUAAUUAAAUUAAUAAUAUCAAAAUAAUUAAUAUUAAACAGAUUUUCCAGUUUCAAAGAUUCAUAUCCUAGAUUAUGAAGAAAAUCAACCAAUAACUUCAUUCUCAUUAUUUACAUCAAAAGAUUUGAUAAUUGAGAAUCUUAUAUUAUAAGAUAUUCCUUUAGAGAAAUCUACAUAAACAGAUUAUCCUAAUUAGAAAGAUGAUAAAUUUACAUAAACAGAUUUAAUAGAUAUUGAUAAAGAUGAUACUGAAAAUGUAGUUGAAUUUUUUAAUUCUUCAUUCUACAAAGAUUUAAAAAAUAAAUAAUUCUUAAUUGAUGCUUAAUUAAUUGUAAAUAUAUUUAUGAUAUUAUUCUUAAGUCAUUGAUUUAGACUAUCUUUUUAAUGCAUAAUGAAAGAAAAAUAUAAAUAAAUGAACCAAUUAAAUAAUAAUUAGAUUUAUUAAUGAAAAAGAUCAAGAAGAAAGAUUAGAUUAAUUAUAAUACUAUUGUUAUCAUAAAAGAUAGUGUAGAUAUAUGA